CAUAACAAGUGUUAUCUACAACGUAUAUACGCUUUGGAUACUAUAAUAGCGUUUAUCAAGUAAUUUUGUUAGUUGUUGCCUUCGCAGUGAUCGAUAAAAACGUAAGAUAUGGCUCCCGAAAUUAAAUAUACAAAGCUGUUCAUUAACAAUGAGUGGGUGGACGCAAAGAGUGGGAAAACUUUCGAAACAAGGAGUCCCCAUAACGGAGCUGUCAUCGCAAAAGUUGCUGAGGGCGACAAGGCAGAUAUAGACGCAGCCGUGGCAGCAGCUCGUUGUGCUUUCCACCGCAACUCAGAAUGGCGUCUCAUGGACGCGUCCGAACGAGGCCGAAUUCUGAACAAAUUCGCAGAUUUGUACGAGAGAGAUGUUCAGUAUCUCGCGCAGUUGGAGUCCUAUGACAAUGGUAUGGUGACCCAAAUGGCUCAAAUGGCCGUGGCCGGGGCAGGGAAGUCGAUUAGGUAUAUCGCCAGUCUAGCAGACAAAAUCCAAGGAGACACACUACCAGUCGAUGGUGACGGCUUCUCGUACACCCUGAAGCAGCCUGUGGGCGUCUGCGGCCUGAUCUUGCCCUGGAAUGUCCCCAUCCUUAUGUUCCUCAAUAAGGUCAUGACCGCGCUGGCUGCAGGUUGCACGGUGGUUGUAAAGCCGGCUGAACAGACCCCGCUCACAGCCCUUGCCUUAGCAGCAUUGCUAGCUGAAGCAGGCGUUCCUAAGGGCGUCGUCAACGUGGUCACCGGCUACGGCGAGACUGCCGGUGUUGCCCUCACACACCACCCACACGUUGCUAAGAUCUCCUUCACUGGCUCCGUUCAGGUCGGCAAGCUAAUUCAACAAGCAGCUGGUGUCAACAACCUGAAGCGUGUAACCCUGGAGCUCGGAGGCAAGAGUCCUCUCAUCAUCAUGGACGACGCUGAUUUAAACAUAGCAGUACCGUUUGCCGCUCACGGGGUAUUCGCCCAUCAAGGGCAGAUUUGCGUGGCUGCGUCCCGUCUGUUCGUGCAGUCCACCAUCUAUGACAAGUUUGUGGAAGCUGCGGUCAAACACGCAAAGGGAAUCAAAGUCGGAGACCCGACCGAUGCGAGUGUACAACAAGGACCACAGGUGGACGAAGAAAUGAUGAACAAAGUACUGGGCUACAUUGAACAAGGCAAAAGGGAAGGGGCUAAGCUGAUGACGGGAGGCAAGCGGAUCGGCAGCAGCGGCUACUAUAUUGAACCUACUGUUUUUGCCAAUGUUACUGAUGACAUGACCAUUGCUAAAGAAGAGAUCUUCGGUCCAGUUCAAAAUAUUCUUUCGUUUGACACCCUGGAAGAGGUUAUCGACCGCUCCAACGACACCAGCUUUGGAUUGGCAGCCGGCAUCUUCACCACCAACAUCAACACAGCGCUGCAGUUUUCAAAACACGUCGAAGCUGGCAUUGUUUGGGUUAACACAUAUCUUCAAAUGGGAUGCCAGGCGCCAUUUGGAGGUUUUAAAGAUUCCGGUCUUGGACGUGAGAAUGGCUUGCACAGCGUGGAUCCGUACCUGGAGGUCAAGACGGUGACCAUGGCUUUGCCUAAGAAAUUCUAAAACGACUAUCAAAUUGUGACUAUAGUUUGAAAAUAUAUUUCUUUUCUUAAAA